AUGACUAUGGCGAACCAUCCUUUCCACCCCCGUGUCUUCAAUGGAAGUGCCGACUUCCAGAGAGAUGAUUGUCCAGGUCCCUGUCAUCCUGAAGAGUACCUUAACCGCCAGCCGUCCUACCCAGAGGUUGGACAAGUCACCGAGGAUUUCAACCAAUAUUCCUCAGGAAUACCGAAUGCUGCCGAGCAUAUCUUUGGCCCCGACCAAAGUUCUUCCGGAACCAGAGACAUUACAGAAGAGUUCUUUGACUUCGACCUGUAUAGUAAACAAGAUGAGGUUACCGUCACGACUGAGACCUCCAUCGAAGGGGACUCCUUGGUUCAUUCGGCUCCGUCCGCAACACAAGACCAGUAUACUAGGACGGCCUUGGAUCAUGAACCCGAGACGACGGAAGGCACUAUUAUUGCCGCUGCCUCCAGUCCCCUUGCUAUCCCGUUUCUCAAUCAGCCGACGCGCGGCGAAUAUCUCGACCCUCAACGAUAUCCAACGUCUGAAGACAUCGAUAUUCAUUUAUCCGAUCCCGACAGUCAUGAUGUAGAUGAGACGCAGGCCUCAUCUCGAAGCCGACUUGGCAAGCAGGCUGCUAAGCGCGAGCGCAUUCUCUCAAAUCCUGAAGAGACAGCGCGUACCCGGGAAAACAAAGCGUGCCUCUCUUGCAAGAUUCAGAAGACCAGGUGUAAGCCUGAAAGUCCCUGUCCAGGCUGUGUCGACUUCAGUGCAAAGGUCGGGAGCCCUGAUACUGUGUGCAACCGGGCAAUUCUGACCAUGAUCAGGACGAAGGCUGAUUGGCCAUUGACAAACCAGGUUUUGAGUCAACCGAAACGCGAACAGGCCUGGGGCAAUGGAAAACGUACUGAGCUCCUCAUCUCCCACUGCACCAACGCCGACAACGCAUUACUGUUGGUUCACGGUUGCGAGUUCAUCGAACAGCGGCCAGGCCCUUGCUUCUAUCAUAUGAUAGGCAUUGCCCCCGAUGAGGGUCCCAGUGAUAAGAAUCUUUAUGAUUGGGGCAAACGUGAUGUGGAGGUCCAUGCCGACACCGAGGAAAAUUUCCCGAAUUGUCUUGAGAAGUUCCUCUUGCUCUAUGAGCAGAUGUUUCAUCAACGUUAUGUUGCGAACGUCAAAGGCUCUGCUCAGACCAGGCCUGGCAGGUUCCACAAACUGAUGGACAACGCGCAGUAUGUGGCGUGUGUGGCAAAGAUCUGGACCGCUAGGCGAUUCUCUGUAAGCGGAGUACCCUUCGGUUUCGACCCUGAACCAGUGUCGGUUUUCUUGCGUCAGCGUGCUGGGAAGAUGAUAGGGCCAAUCGAAGGGCAGAUACUGGAGCAGCUCAAGGUGUUCUCAAACUCCAAGGAGACCAAGAUCACAACUGACCUCGAGUCCACUAUGGGUUCAGCGCUUGUUAUUGCUGUCUGGACUGCUCUGUGGCAGAUGAUGUUGACAUACCGUAGCGUGCUCAACCUGACGCUGCCUGGCACUGCAUUCCAUGAGGAGACUAAUAAACUCUUCCAGAGCAUGGUCACGAUAUACUCGAUGCUCUUCCGUACGGCAGAAGUGCUCAGAACCGUGGAAAAGGCGUUCGAGAGUGCAGAUGCAUUCGAUAACGAUCAAGUUAGACAAGCGUUUCGGAAAGCUUGGGAGACGCGUUUUGAUUUCUAUUGCGAAGUGGAAAAAGGGUCACCAUCCAACAGACAAGAUGCGCUUCUAAAAACACACGUCAUAACCUGGGAAGAAUUGAUCUUAAACCGGCGAGAAACGAAACCAGCUCGGAAGGGAAAAGCGAAAGUGUGCGAGAAGAAGCAAGCUUGA